UGUUACAGUGUCUGAACAUCAAAACAGUAUUAAUGGAAAUACAAAACGAAUUGAAGUCUCAUGGUCAUGGCAAUGAUAUUCACCAUGGUGGGAACCAUUACCACGCUAUCGGCCCGCCUCCGCCUCAUGGAGAUCCACCACCUUCACAUCAUGGCGACCCACUUCCCUCCCAUCAUGGCGACCCACUUCCCUCACAUCAUGGCGACACACAACCUUUACAUCAUGGCGACCAACCAUCUUCACAUCAUGGCGACCCACCACCCUCACAUCAUGGCGACACACAACCUUUACAUCAUGGCGACCAACCAUCUUCACAUCAUGGCGAUCAACCACCUUCACAUCAUGGCCAUCCGCCGUCUUCACAAAAUCAUGUUAACCCGCUAGAGAAAAGGACAAAGCCUGAUCUGACUGUGGAUCCGGUACCGAUAGACUUAUACCCAGAUCACGAAUUCAGAUCACGAAACUUAAACGAAAAAGAAAAUGUCUCUACAACCACAGACACACCGGUAUAUGAAACUACUAUUUUGUCAAAUAGUAUUCCUCAAAUUGGACAUCUUACAAAUAAAGCGAGUGACAUGAACAGCAAAGAGGCAACAUCUAGUAUGAACCCUUCGAGAAAUUUCAUAAAUAUUGGAGGAGGUCAGAACGUGUAUAGCGCCAACGGAAAUAGCCAUGAAAUGAAAAAUAAAUAUGAAAAUGAGGUUCACAAUAUCAGUACGGCUGAUAGAGACAAUGGCAUACCCACGCAUCACAGACACCACAAGCCAACACUUUCCUCAAACCAGUUUGCUACACAGUCGCCUUCUGGACAUCAAAAAAAUCACCACGCGCACCAUCACUCAAUACGGCCACAUAAUCAAAGAAAACCAUCAACUCGUCAAUCAUCUCUGCCAACAAGAAGAUCGUCGACACCACUUCUAACAUCAAUGCCGACUCAGCAUCCAUCACGAACAUCACAAAUAGUAGACAUCCAUCGAAUACCACCAGCCCAUCAACAGACACCAGACGAACGAAUACCACCUGAUCACCAUUCAAAAUGUCUUAUCACAGACGAGAAAAGGUCAAACGCAAGACGUCUCCACACGACACAGAGAGAACAUAUUCAAAGUUCCUUCACAGCAAUAGCAGUUGCAGUGAUCAAAGGCUAUAAACUACAGGAACACGACAUGCCCUGCCCUGUAUCAUUUUUGCAUGAUAUAUUCGAUAAGUAUGGAGAGAAGGGUGUGAUGCACUCAGAUGGGUUAAAGCGACUUAUGGAGGGUAAAAAGCCAGUUUCAGGCCACGAUCACGUUCAUAGUAAUCACAAACACGACCACCAUAGCAAAGUUAUGCAUACUCAUGGUAAAGAUUCUCAAAUGAACAUGACAUGCGAGGCGAAGAGAAGACGUACCCUAGAGGCAUAUCAACAUUAUGUUAACGUAGAAUCAUCAACGUGGAAAGCCAUGCCAUGUUUACGUAAGGAGGAUAUGCGAAGUAUGUUCCGUCUAAGAGAGGACAUCACUAUGACAGCAUUUCUGGAUAUGUGUCCGGUCAUACUUCAGCAGCUGGCAAGCGGCCCAUGUGUGAACGAGUCUGGAGUACAGCAACACACGACACCAAUUGAAAAAUACGGAUUAAGCACACUAUGUGUUUUUAUCAUCAGCCUGUGCUCUUUGGCCGGGGCGUUAUUCGUCAAGUGUGCUCACAGUAUAAACCGGAUGUACGUCAUGUCAGGUCUGUUAGCUCUUUCGGUUGGCUGUCUCCUUGGCGACGCUAUCAUCCAUCUUUUACCCCACGUCCUUGCACAGGGUCACCAUUCGGGACACGAUGGAUCCCAUGGUGACGGAGAUAACUUGUACAAGGUAUGCGGUGCCUUGGUUAGUGUGUACUGUUUCUUCCUACUGGAACUGUUCUUCAAGCAUUCACAUAAUCACAAAAACGACGCUGAAAUGGACAUUGAGAUAUCUAGAGACACCAGGGAUACACAGUCUUGUACGUCGGCAACGUCAGCAGUAAGUGACAUACAGCUAAUAGACCUUACAAAGAACAACUUGAGGACGCCGAAGACAGAGAACAAAAACCGUCUCUGGCAGAAGGUGUCAACAAACAGUGCAGAAGCCCAGCCAGAAGAGGAACCAAAACAGCGAAAAUCUGGUUCCUUGAAGUGGAUGGUCCUGAUAGGUGAGAUGGUACAUAAUUUCGCUGACGGCAUGGCUAUAGGUGCGUCGUUCGCAGAGAGUUUAACAGAAGGUCUGUCGACAUCUCUCGCCGUAUUUUGUCAUGAACUUCCACAUGAAUUAGGAGACUUCGCAGUUCUAUUGUCAACAGGAAUGUCGGUAAAGAAGGCCCUCUUUCUAAACUUCGUCUCCAGCCUCACAGCUUUCAUUGGACUAUACAUUGGUGUGUCCAUAGGAUCAAACGAGGAGGCACGCUUAUGGAUCCUAUCGUUCGGGGCUGGCAUGUUUAUGUAUGUCGCUCUCUCUACUUUGAUGCCAGAGUUGGUCAGCUAUUUCAAUUGUUAUACAAACAUCAAAAUGUUUUUCUCCCUAAACAUUGGACUACUUCUGGGAUUUAUUCUGAUGUUGCUCUUAGCAGUCUUUGAGGAUGACAUAAAACUGAUCCUGUAAGAUGUGCCCUAAUUCAUGGAGAAGUGACUGUUUUAAAUGAAACAUUAAUGGUGGGUCGUUUGCACCUCCACAUCCGGUCCUGGUAUUUCUUUUGAUUUUGAUCGCCUCCUAUUAUCAACACUCUAGGCCUUCAUUUACAAAACAUCACUGACGGGCCCUAGAAGGACGAAGCAGCUGAUUGAUGUUGUUAAAUUAAUAUCGCUUCUACAGUAUCUAAAUCUGAACUCGUUUUGAAAGGUGUUAAUAUCAUGUGUCUUCUGUGCAAACCUUUACUUGCGUUAUUGUAUAUUUCUCUACUACAUAAUAUGUAUAUAGCAUGUUUCUUUCACAUUGAAAUUGCAGCUUCAAAUGCAAUACUCGUUUCGCAAAUAGAUGAAACCAUUAGUAAUCAUUUCAUAUGCAUUUUCAAAACACAUUUAUGUAUAUCUGAAAUCUAUACUAGCAAUUAUAUUCGAGUCAUAUUAUUUUUGUCUCAACCGUUUUAGCUUAGAUGUUUUUAUGUCUGAUAUAUGAAUUAACACAAAUAAAUAUAAGCACGUUAUUUCGCAUUAUACAACAGAUAUUGGUCACGUCUGUAGGGUUUACGACCUUUUGCUCUUAUCUCUUGUGACGUCAAUAGACAUCAAUUCAUCGAUUACCUUGAAUAAAAGCCGUGAUGUUAUCUAGCAGGAUAUUAAGUAAUACGUUACGUACUGAAUCAGUUUCAUAUGUAACGAUGUAAUUUAUGAAUAUAUUUAUAAACAUAGUCGUAUUAAUUAGCGGUAUAUUAACCUGCUUCUUAAUAAAAAUUAUGUCCAUAUCAGUUUCUCAGGUAGGUAAAUUAGCAGUAAAUUAAAAAUGUAGGGUGCCAAUUUAGCACUUUUGUGACUAUCAUCGAUAUGUUUCAUUUUUUUGUAUACAAAUAUUCUGCAGUUAGAUGGUCAUGAUAUGACACGAGAUUAAGGUCAAUUCAGAUACCAUUUCGAGUAAUGUUGAGGUAAAGUGGAGGAUCCAUUUCCAGAUUGGCCCAAUUUUGACGAAAUUUAAUAAUUUUUCUUCAAUGAUGCAUUGCUAUGUUGAAAAUAAAACCAAUUGAAAAAAAUAACCAAUAGCCAAAAAUAGGUCACAUUAUCUAAUCAUUCUGAUUUUUACUUUAUAAAUUAGAUGAUAUUGUAUGAUAAUCUUAUAUAUAACAUAUGUGCUUACAUUCUUGUGUAAUGCGUAUAGGAUUAAUAUUCGUUGUAUGGUUACACAAAUAAGAUUGUGAUUGUAAAGCGGAAGCAGGUUUACAUUGGAUAUACAGUCUUACCUCGUAAUCAUGAUGUCAAAAACCUGAGAUAACUCGAGGUGACUAAGUAUAUCAUAUAAAUGUGCAUAUUAUUUUUAUUGAAACUGUUGUUUUACAUCCAGUUUACCGGUAUUAUGUUGAUUAUGCUGAGCUUUUAAACCAUUGCCAGAUAUUGUUAAAUUAAGCAUAUAUUCAAAGGCGGUAAAUAUUGAUAGAUCGAUUUAAUAAAAUUUGAACGGAAAUAUAAAGCAAUUUAAAUGUAAAUAAAACCAGUUUGCUUGA